AUGCAACACACCACUUGUCAUUCAUUUCAUGCUUGUCCUUUGAGAUCAUCCUCUUUGCUUAUUGUCAGCAAGGAGAAACAGACCAUUGUUACUGCCACAGAUGAAGUCUUUCAUAUGCUUGGUUAUGAACCCACUCGUCUAAUUGGGAAAUCAGUAGACAUCUUACACCUUUCUUCAGUCCCUAAAAAGCCCUCCUCCUCCUCCUCCUCCUCCUCCUCCUCUUCUUCUUCUUCUUCUUCUUGUAGCUAUACCCUCCGCCAUGCAUCCUGUGGUGAUAUACCCUUUGAUAUUUGCUCUCAUUUUGAUCCAUUGGCCAAUGCCACUGAUCUGGAAUACUGGCUAAUUCGACCCGUUCAACAGAUGACAGCAACACCCAACAUCCAUACCUCCAACAAUACGAUGAGAGGGCCAGUAACCAUCUUACGGCUCAGUCCAUUUGGCACCAUUGAACAUGCUUAUCCGUCCUCUGAAUUUCCUCAAAAACCGCAUGAACUCAGAGGCCACCCUAUCAUGUCGUUUGUCUACAAAUCAGACGUUCGGUUCCUGUGUGAAAGGUUAAGCAAGCUCCCAAAGCGAACGUUUGCCACAUUCAAGGUGAGAUGGUUGAAACAACAUCCAAGGCACAAUAUGGAAGACCAAUUUGAAUGGGUGGCAUUUACAGUCAUGAAUUCACCAAGACGAUUAUCGUAUUCAGCAGUAGAUGAUCCUCAGACGAGACCCACUUGUAUUAUUCGACCUAUUUACGGCGCAAUACACACCGAAAAAGAGCAAGAGGAAGAGGAUACAUAUUAUACACUGUGGGAUACAUUACUGCUGCCAGUCAGAUCGGGCAUCAGCACAAUAUACAGCACAUUGGACGCACUGCAUGCCGCUAUGGACGAAGGAAGGUCGUAUGUCGUACAGUUUUUAGGGCACUUGAUUACACAUUUCCUCAAAGUGUCAAGUGAACUACUGUACCAUGCUGCACUGGAAUUUGAGCGGUAUCCAAAUCAUAAACAGGAUGACAACAGUGAGAAUAGCAGUAAAAAAGAAGACUUGCUUGUCUCUGGAUUGUCAGCAUGUGAUGCAAGUACCAUCAAAGUGACGCUUGACAAUUGCAUAUGGGCUGUUCCUCUACUCAUCAACGAUUCGCUUUACAAAUCACAUCACUCAACUAUGCCUUAUACAAAAACAACAAAAUCCAAGCACAAACACCACUACCAGUAG